CCUCAAGAUUCUGGAUGAUGUCUCGGGGAUCAUGCUCUCAUUGUAGCCAGUUAGGCUCAGAUAUAAACCCACAAACACCAUCUCCAACCCAUGUGCAUUCACCUCUCAUUCUCUCUUUUCUUCAUCUUCAUACUUCUUUUUGCUGGCCUUUUUUGGGUGCAACAAGGCAAUGGGUAUGGCUGGAGAGUCACAGUUUCAUGUUCUAGCUGUUGAUGACAGCAUCAUAGAUAGAAAAUGGAUUGAAAAGCUCCUCAAGACCUCUUCUUUUCAAGUUACUGUUGUAGAUUCUGUGAGUAAAGCUCUUGAAUUCCUGGGUUUGCAAAAGGCGGAACAAAGAAAUCAUCACCAAGAAACGAAAGUAAAUUUAAUUAUUACAGAUUAUUCUAUGCCUGGAAUGACAGGCUAUGAUCUCCUCAAAAAGAUCAAGGAGUCUACAUCUCUUAAAGGCAUCCCAGUUGUGAUCAUGUCUUCUGAGAAUAUCCCUUCUAGGAUUAACAGAUGUUUAGAAGAAGGAGCAGAAGAUUUCUUCCUGAAACCUGUUCAAUUAUCUGAUGUGAACAAGCUUAGACCCCACCUACUUGGAUGGAGGACACUCGUAGAGAUUUGAAGUUUCAAGCUUCACAAAAAUGCUAGAAAUUUGAAUGUUGAAUCUUCACAAAAUCCCUAAUUAAUCAAGGGUUUGAGUCCUGAUCACAAGUGGAAGAUGGAAAUCCUUGUAAGUUUCUUUUCCUCCGAGUGGGUGGUCGACUCGCCUAACAUGGGGUCCCAAUCGAGGGUCUUGGGUCGUUAUCAAGGCUCCUAAGACCGUGUGCUGCUCUGCCAACGAAAGGGUAUGUCGAUGUGCUACAUUCGCCUCUCGAUGAGUGCCACAAUCCCUUCAAUCAGGAUUUAUCCCUCCUCAAAUAUAAUCUACUUCCAUCUCAUGGUGGCUAGUGUGGGCUUAAGGAGUAGAUGCAUCGCAGUUAUGCAUAUUUCAGUCCUACCAAGGCUUCACUUGAUGCUUCCACGUGCUUAUUGGGAUUUACCUCUUAGUGAGUCUUGGUUGUUUGAGACAAUGAUUUUAGAGAUUUAAAUUUUGAUGAUUAAACAUGGAAGAAGCAAAGGAGCCUCAUGUAAAGGGAGUCUCACUUGUGAAUUAUCACCCAAACCCCAACCUCAUUUAAGACUAUUAAGAGAAAAUUAAAUAUGUCAAACUCAUACGGUAUCAUUGACACUACAACCUCAUCAAGAAUUGCCAAGAGGUAAUCAAGACCCUGAGGUUACGACAUACCAUCAUCAAAGCUAAUGUCCUAAGGCUACUACCAUCAACUCACUAUCUGUUGUAUUUGUCUCUUAUAGACCCAUUUGAUGUAAAUGUAAUAGCAUAUACUACCCUAUAUAUGGACCUUUGUUCAUUUUCAUUAUGCCUUA